ACCAAAUACCAAAAUCAACAAGCACAACUACUACAAUAAAAACAAAAACAAUACCAUUCCAUAAAUCAAAUCACCACUACUGUGAAGACCAAAUAAAUACCAUUCCACACCAACAUAAAAACCACUACAAGAAACAAAUGAAUACCAUAAUAAAAACAAACCCAAUACCAUAUCAAAAACGAACCAAUCGACGAUGAAUUGGAGAAAACUUGCACCCUGGUCCUCCUCUGUCUAUGCAAAUCAAACAAAAUGGCAUAGUGUUGUAUCGAUAUCAUCUAAGAUGAAGGAACAAGAAGAAGGGCCUGUCAAUUGAUCAUUUCCAAACUCUCUUUCACUGCAUUUAAAUAGAGACCUACACAAACCCUUCAUAUAACAUAAAAGAGCAAUCACGAAUUCACUAAUACAUUAGCCAUGGCGGCACCAGUACUACUACUGUCCACCUUUCUUCUUCUGUUGACGAUGACGACGAUCGCCUCCUCCGAAGAGGAGGAUCCGUACAAGUGGGGUUGUCGGGACGGGCACGAUAGAGUCGAUGAGGAGACGACGUCCACGACGAUGCAGGCUAUCCUCGACAAUAUGGUCGCUACAUUGUCGUAUAGAAGGGAGGGUGAGCGGCCGACGGAGAGGGGAAGGGAGAGAGAGAGAGAGAGAAGGGAGGGGUGGACGGCUGAUGGUGGGAAGGGAGUAGCAGUAGGGUUUGCCUACAAUAUAUAGGAUAAUCAGGUGUGAUAUAUUAUUAUUUCCAAAACUACUCCUAAUUAAUAAUAACGGUUAGAUUAAAAAUAAUGGAAAUGAAUGGUACAGAUGUAGGUUGCCACGGUGAUAACCAUUUUUUUAGUUGCCACCUUAACUCAUUCCGUUGUUUGCUUCAUGAAUUUUGUGAUGGAUUUGGACAUCCAUUAUGUGCAAUUUGAGCAAAAUCCAUUAUUUGUUUCAUGGAAUUAGGGGAAUCAAAUUUGUCGACCACAUGGACUUUGAGGGACCAAAUCGAUUGGCCUCACGGGUUUGCCAGUUCCACCUCUUGAAGUGGAAUUUGAAUGAUGAAUUAAAAUUCAUCAUAUAGCUUUUGUAUUACCAAAACACUCAUUUUCCCAUCCAUAAUGUAAAUAAGCAUUUUAAGACUAG